AUGGAUUUGAGUAGUUUAAUUUGUUGAGAAGUCAACUGGACAGUUUUGCUAAAAAAAACAAAACCCACUGAAAACCGUCAUCAUGGCAAUUGUUUCCAGGGCGACAUUUGUUCAAGUGAUCACGGACAUUAUAGUGUUUAUAAUAGUGACAAUAUUUGCCCUGCUAUUAUCCUUCAACAAACUGACAGCAAUACAGCCCUUUAUCCGGGGAUUUUUCUGUGAUGAUCAAAGUCUGAUGUAUCCGUACCGAGAGGACUCGAUCUCAACUGUUACCACCGCCAUCUUGGCGCUACUUCCUCCCACUGUCAUAAUAAUAUUUACAGAGGCAUUUUUGUCGAAAAACUAUUCCCAGAGAAUUCGAAUUUUUGUGCGAAACUGUUACAGUAUGCUUGGUUGCUUGUUUCUCGGAUUUUCCCUGUGUGUAUUAUUUAUUGAGAUUGUAAAGAUGUUUGUGGGUCGUCUACGGCCUCAUUUCUUCGCUGUGUGCCAGCCUUCUUAUUCAUCCACGAACUGUUCAAGAAAGUUCAUUACAAACUACAGUUGUCAGGGAAAGGAUCUUGAAAGUAUAUCAGAUUCAAAAAAGUCUUUCCCGUCAGGUCACAGUGGCGCCGCCUGGAAUGGAAUGGUGUACUUAGCAAUAUACAUACAGAUCCGUGUUCGUCGUCAUUGGUCACGGCUUCGUGUCGCCUGUCCUCUAUUGCAGUUUCUAGCAAUAAGUGUUGCAGCUUAUGUCAGUAUCAGUCGUCUGCAAGACUACAAGCACCAUACUGGUGACGUCAUUGGAGGCGGCAUCAUCGGGAUCCUUUUCACUAUUAUUGUGAUGUAUCAGAAUCCGAAUGUCAGAAGGCAUUUUCUUCCUCAUUAUGAUCAAGCAGAUUUGGGUGAAACUAUGGACACUGUAGUUUGCAUGGAGUUACACCAAGAGAAUAAAAAAUCCACAGAAAGCCCAGCGUUAAAUGGUCAAGCAAAUACUUAAAACCAAGGGCGUCGAUAUCCAUUAACAUUUAUUUUCCUUUUUGUUACAUUUUUAUUUUCAAGUUCCUCCUUUUCUUUGGUGCUGUUUUUAUAACCAAGCAAAGUUAAAAAAAAAAAGAUCUACUUUUAAUUUUGAGCUUUAAAAUAUCGACCUAUUUUGUUGAUUUGGGAAUGCCCCUAAAAAGUACUUAUUUUAUAGUUAUAAACAUGUCAUAUUAAAUGUUUUGCUUCACAAAAUAAUUCCAGACUCAGGGAAAAAAAUAUAUACACGUGUAAAUAGUUUAUGUAUUAUCAAUAAAACAUUAAUGUUAGUCAUUAAUGUUUUCAGGUCAUUAAAAACUCUGAUUUCAAUCAUUCUUAAUUAAAGAAACACUGUAUAAGCGAAUUAGUUUAUAGAAUACCCAGUGUUAACAAAUUGACUUUUGUAAAAUUCAGACUUAAAUUUCUUUGAAUGCAUCAUAUGAGUAAAUGUACACAUGUUUGGUGAACGAUAAAAAAAAUUGCUCAUA